AUGUCCACAACCAACACCAACGGAUUUGUUACACGGGCCUCCUCCAUUCGACAUCGGCGUGCAUUCAAAUCCUACUCAGAAUACAUCUACCUGCAAUUGAACAAGACUCUAAAUCCGCGCCUCAGGGAGGUAUGGACGACCCGAGAUUGGGGAAGAAAAGUGGAGGUGUUCUCAGGCAUAUUUGGGCAUCUGAAGAAACAGGGGCUGGUGGCAGAGCAGUCGAAGGCGUUGUGCAUUGGAGCUCGGGUAGGUCAAGAAGUGGCUGCCCUCAAAGCAAUUGGUGUUGUCGACGCCAUUGGCAUCGAUCUCGUUCCCUUUCCUCCUCUGGUUCUCUCUAGUGACAUGCAUUCUCACCCAUUUCAAGACGACACUUUUGAUUUUGAAUUCUCGAAUGCCUUCGACCAUGCGCUUUAUCCCUCUCUGUUUGUGUCUGAGAUCGAGCGGACCCUCAAGCCUGGUGGCGUCGCCGUCGUACAUGUUUCUGCCCACAGACGAGGAGAUAAGUACUCUGUAAAUGAUCUCUUCAGCCCUGAUCCCUUCAUUGCUCUGUUUAAAAAGUCCAGUCUUGUACAUGUCCGGAAGGUCGAUGCCUUCGGCCUCGACACGGAAAUCGUCCUACGUAAGAAUAGUAGUGGGAUUGUGAGUCCGACUGUAAAAGAAGCCCAUUUGCCCUAUUCAAAAUUUGUCUCUGAAAUGCCAGUAUAA